AUGUCAGCGCUUCCGAAGAUAGUGAUUAAGCCCAGGUCCUCCGCCGCUGUCCAGGGCACGAUCUUGGCUCGUGAAGAAGAGGAAGAAGAGGAAGAAAAACUUGACAGCGUCGCGCAUGAAGGAGACACAGAUGCGGAGGCCGACGAUGGGACCGAGGACGCGCCCACGCCCAUGGAAAUCGACGAUCCAAUUCCCACCGCUACUCCCGAAGAAGCGCCCGCAGUGGUGCCACCUGUGAAACGAGGACGGGGACGACCGCGCGGCUCCGGCAAGAAGGCAUUACUCGGGCACGCGCCAGUAGGCUCUGCGGUGCCCGGAACGACCGGUGGCGUUGGCUUUACUAUCCGACUGCCCAAGCGCGACGAUGAGUCUGACGAGGACGGCUCGGAGCGUGGUGCAGAUGUCGAUAUGGGUGCGGGCAAGGCGUACAUCAUUGAAGGCGACGAAUUUAUCACAGAGAAUGACCCCAAGGGCGACGAAAAGAUUGACCAAUGGGGGAAUCUACUCGGAGACCGUAAAUUCAAGGCUGCUACUUUCGUACUGCCAGGGAGGCAUCCAGAACGACGCUACAUGCUCGCCAUCGACGCAGCUCGAACAUCUGGCUUUCGUGACUCCCUGUAUUACUUUCGACGCAAUCCUCUCGCACUGAAACAGAAUGCUACUCAGCCUGAAAAGGACUACCUCAUCUCGCAAGGGAAACUUGGCACUCACCUUCGAACGCGCAGUGUCACUCUCGUCACUGCACGGAGUGCGUUCAAGUUGCACGGUAGCAAGACUAUCAUUGACGGCCGGUGGGUGGUGGACGACUAUUACGAAGAUCGCGUGUUGGAAGAAAUCACUGCUCGCGGCUUACAAGCAGGGGAUCCGGUCGGUGAACUUCCUGAUCCCAAUGCGAAUGCAGCCAAUGCUGCCGACGCCGGACUGGGUGCCAACACUGCUGCAAACAAAACGGACCGCGGAGGAGGGACUUCAGUCGGUGUGUAUCGAGCAGGUGGUCCAACGACAUUGUUUGGAUCGAGUGGCUGGGGGCCCUACAGCGAUGGUCCGCUCAACGCUGUGAGGAAAAGUCUUUUGUCUAGAGAUGGUGUGUCGGAAGAGAACUGGAUGCUGAUGGCCGCGACGAGGACUUUGGCUGCUGAUGCGGAAUGGGCCAAAUGGCGAAAAGAGGGAAUCCAACCCAUCGAUGGAUCGGGGAACGCAGUCAAGCGCAAGACCGACGAUGCCCCCGAAGCCGACUCGUCCGAACAACUUCCACUUGGAACCUAUGAACCCCAUACCAGCAUCGUCCAUUAUCGUAAUGACACCCAACCGACAAGAAGUCGGAUGGAAGCUAUGCCCGAUUCCGCAGAGAAGGCUGUGCUAGGUGGAACAAAGUCCGGGAACGGCGCAUGGGCCAUUGCUUGGAUUGACACCGUCAUGGACGUCAGGAUCCAGGAGGAACUUGAGCGAUCAGAGGCUGACGAGAAAAUGAACAUUUGGAAAGAUACCGAAGAAGGGAUUCUUGACGAUGACCUUCUAUAGCGAUAUCUUGAACUUGUAUUUUGUAAAUGUCUGACCUGCAGAUAUCUGUAUUGUGUUCACCGAUUCGAUCCACAUCUUGUCUCAGUCACUCUCAUCGUAUCUCAUCGACUGUCA